AUGGCAUCUGAGAAACGACUACGACGAAUCUCCCAGACACGAAUGCGGCCUCCUCCAACAGGCACCAAACGGUCCACGAGCUUGCGAAGGGUAUACAACCGCUUCUUUCACCCAGAUUCACCUUUCUCAGAGUCCGAGCGGGGAUCUCCAGUUGUUCCUGACUCAAGUGAACCUCCCUUGUCAGAGAUUGAAGUCCUCCAGGGUGAACUGCAACAAUGUCGCCAGAAUCUCGAGGAAGCCAGGGAGAUGGUCAUGUCCCAGGACCACGAGCUGUCGACGUUGGAGAAAAAUACACAGAAGAUGGAGAGACGCUACAAGGAAAAGGAGGCUGCCCUACGGCGGCUGAAGACUUCAUUGGAGGAGACCAUGGUGGCUGUAGUUGUACAGCAGAUCAGAGAUGCUCAGAAAGCCGAACGAGAUCUCGUCAAGGAAGAGUGCAACCGUGAGCACCAGGCCGCUUUGGAGAACCUACACCACAAAUACCGGUCAAGGGUCGCCAUUCUGUCACAAGAGCUUUUGGACUCCCGCACAGCAAACGAACGGAUGAAGGCAACCUACCAAAACGAGGUCACCGCACUCCGCGCUGAACUUGCCUCUCAGGCCUCCGACCUCGAAACCGCAAAGACUGCCAUUAUUGAGACAACCGAGUCGCUCAAAAGCGUCCAGAUAGCUUCAACGACGGCUCUCGAAGAGACGGAGAAAGCAAAUGCAACUUUGAGAGCCGAGCUUGAAUCACAGAUUGCGGCUCUCACAGAGGAAUUGAAUACUGCCAAUUCCGGGUUGCACAAUGCUGAACUGAGCAUUGAAGAUCACACGAAACGAUAUGAAGAUCUUCAAGACACCUCCUCACGAGCAAUAGAAGAUGCAAAUGCAUCUCUCGCUUCCGUCCGUGCCUCGUUGGAGGCUCAACUUGAAGCACACGCCGCCGAGCUCUCGACUACCAAAGAUGCCCUCGAAACCUCGUCCCGGGACAGGGAGGCGGACCAGUCGGCACAUCAGAUAGUCUUAGAAGAGCUCAAUGGGGCCCGCAACCAGAUUGCUGACCUCACGAACGACCUGGAAGAGCAUUCGACAUCAAAAGCUGCUCUUGAAGAAAAGGUCGCCCAGCUCCUGGUCGACCUUGAAGCGUUUGAGGCUUGCAGAAAAGACCUCGAAGGGUCUCAGGCCCGGGUUGCGGAUCUGACAACAGAGCUCGCGACGCUGCAGGUCGCACGAGAGAGUGCAGAUGCACAAGCAGCUCAACUUUCCGCCGAGCUCGAAGAAUACGCUCAACUGAAAGCGGAGCAUGAAGCUCAGACACAAGAACUCGAAAGCGCCAACGCCAAGGUUACAAAUCUGACGACCGAGCUUGAGGCAUUCGCCGCCUGCAAAACAGACUUAGAAGAAGCUCAAUCCAAGAUUGGCCAGCUUUCCACCGAGCUUGAGUCUUUCGCCGCCUGCAAAACUUCCCUAGAGGAAGCCGAAUCAAAGAUUGGUGAGCUUUCCGCGGAGCUUGAACUUUUCGCCACGUGCAAGAGAGAUCUAGAAGAAGCUGAAGGAAAGAUUGUUCAUCUUUCUGCCGAGCUUGAAGAUCAUGAGCAGCUAAAAGCGGAUCAUGAAUUAAGCAAACAAGAACUUGAGGACAUUCAAGCCAAAGUUGGAGAGCUCUCAACAGAGCUUGAAGUCCUCCAGAGUUGCAAGAAAGACCUCGAAGAAGCCGAGUUGAAGAUCGAAGAUUUGACCGCUGGACUUGAGAGCCAUGAACAGCUGAAAGCGGACCACGAGUCUUCCAAGCAAGAGUUGGAGAGCACGCAAGCUAAACUCGCCGAGCUGCAAAGUGAGAUUGAAGGAACCAAAGACAGCUUGACUGCGGCCGAGUCACAGAUUGCUCAACUCACGUCAGAGCUCGAGGGCUACAAUCAACUCAAAGAGGACCAUGAGAAUGAGAAAGAACGUUCUGCCGGCCUUCUCGCGGACGUCGACCGCCACGUUGCCGCUGUGGCGGAAGCGGAAGGAAAACACCAACAAGCAGAGGCUCGUGCCAUUGCGGCUGAAGAGAAACACACCUCGACACUAAGCGACCUGGAACAGCGUACAGCCGCCGUCGCUGAAUUAGAAGAAAAAUACAAAGAAGCUGAGGCGCGAGCCACGGAGCUUGAGGGAAAACACGCAGCCACACUCGAAGAGCUCGAACAGCAUAAAACUGCCGCGACCGAGGCAGAUGCACGCGCUGCCGAAGCAGAAGGAAAGCACACCUCCGCACUUGAGGAGCUUGAGCAACACAAGACAGCCGCAGCUGAGGCUCAGACUCGUGCUAACGACGCAGAAGAAAAACAUACCUCUGCACUCCAGGAGCUGGAAGGACUCAAGGCGGCGGCAGCUGCGGCGGAAGAAAAGCUGAAAGAAGCCGAGAGUCGCGCCGUUGAAGCGGAAGAGAAGCACGCCGGCGCGCUACAAGACUUGGAACACCAUAAGAAUGCUGCGACAGAAGCCGAAGAGAAGCACAAGGAAGCAGAGGCUCGAGCUGUUGGGGCGGAAGAUAUGCAUAAAUCUGCCCUUGCCGAGGUUGAGACGUUGAAAGAAAACCUUGCAUCAGAGACUUCGAGCCAUGCAGCAACGAAAGAACAGCACGAGCAACUCACCAAAGAUCUCGAAGAAGCUUCGAAUUCUCAUCGAACCACGCAAACUCUGCUGGACGAGGCCUUGGAGAACAUAAACGCCUCGAAGGAGCAGAUACAAUCCCUGGAGUCCGAAGUCGCCUCCAUCACAGCGUCAAAGCAGGCCGAUGCAGAGCAAUUCGAGGCACAACAAGCCAAGCAUGCCGAAGAGCUCGCAGCCGCCAAGGAUGAGGUUUCGAAUCUCGAGGCAGAGAAAGCAAAACUGGCCGAAGACAUCGAGGCCGCUGAUUCAGCUAAGAAAGCGCUUGAGGAGAAACUCGAAGGACUCGAAGCGGACAAGUCGAGCCUUUCCACUGAGCUCGAAGAGGCACGAGCUAGCCAACAAUCGGCCGAAGAGAAGUGUACCGCAAUUGAAAGCGAACUAAAGUCGCUCCAAGAGUCCAACGAAGGUCUGUCAAGCAAGUGCGAAGAAGUUGAGGCCAACCGGCAAGCUGCAGAAGACAAAGCAACGGCUUUGGAAGAGCAGCUCAAGACACUUCAGGGGUCCCACGAUGAGUUAACCACGAAAUGUCAGAAGCUUGAGGAAGUGGAGGCUGCGCUACACGCCGCAGAAGAGAAAGUGGCUACUUUGGAAGAGCAACUGAAAUCACUUCAGGACAACAACGAGCAGCUGACGGAGAAAGCCAAAAAGCUUGACGAACUAGAGGUCGAACACGCCGCUAUCCAAGAGAAAUCCGCUGCUCUCGAAGCGCAGGUGCAAUCAACCAACGAGGCCAACGAUGAGUUGACGAAGAAGCUCGAGGACACUGAAACUGCCAAAGCGGCUGCGGAGAGUGAGGUGGAAAAACUACAAGGAGAACAUGCGUCAACGGUAGAGGGACUUCAACAGGAACUUGCCUCCAGCAAGGAAGCCUCUGAAAAGGCGAAGGAGGAUGCCGCAGCGACUUUGGCGGAGCUCGAAGCAAAAUUGGCAGCGUCCGAGGCUUCCCACAAGGAAGCUCAGGAAACGCUAGAAAAGGUUCGUGCAGAUGCAGACCAAUCCAAGAUCGAAAUGGAUGAGAAGCUCGCCGAGGCAGAGAAUGCCCAUCAAGCUACUCAAGAGGCGCUGUCAAAAGCCCAAGCUGACGCUGAAACCUUAACCAGUGAUUUUGAGCAGAAAAUGGCCGAUGCGCAGGCGAAACAGAGCGCCACGGAAGAGGAGGCGGCUAGAGCAAGAGAAGAGCUUCAAGCUAAGCUUGACGCUGCUUUGGAAGAACAUCAAUCGGCCAAAGAGGCGCUGGAAGAAAUCAAGAAGGAAAUCGAGACCAUUGAAGAAGCUAAAGCAUCUCUCCAGUCGAAGCUAGCAGAUGCAGAAAGCGCCACAGCUGCAGCAGAGAAUCGCCUUACCGAAACCGAAGCAGCCAAACUUGAGUUAGAGGGCAAAUUGAAGCAGGCAGAUGAUGACAAGGCCAGUACCGAGCAGGAGCUUCAGACAGUGAAAGACAAAUUGGCGGAAAUCCAGGCAGAGCUUGAAUCGACCCAGCAGGAGAAGCUUAACAUCUCUGAGCAGUCAUCGAAAGAUCUCGAAGCCAAAGAGGCCGAAUUGGCCGCUUCUCUGGCCUCCAAGUCGGAACUCGAGGCCCGGCUCCAGGAGACCGAGGCGAACCUGGAAGCUGCCAAGAAGGCUCAGGAUGAAUCGAAUGCUCACUUGAAAGAACUCGAAGCCGAGGUCGAAUCCCUUAAAGCUCAAGCAACCGAAGUCAGCAAGCUGUCGGACGAUUUGGCCGGCAAAGAACAGGCUCUACAAGCGUUGGCCACCAGCAAGGACGAAGUAGAGGAGCGACUCAAAGACACUGAGGCCAAACUUACCUCUUUCCAAGAAGAGAUCGACGCACUGAAAGCAUCAUUGGAGACAACGAAGGAAGAGGCAGCGAAGCACCUCGAGGCAAGAGAGCAAGAAUUCAAGCAACAGUCAGAACAAGCUGCUCAGGAGCUCGAAACACUCCAAGCUGAGUUGAAGACCAAGGAAGAAGCGAUUGCAAAUCUUCGGGCUUUGAAGGAGAAAAUGGAGGAAGAAAUGGGAAUGUUCUCGUCACCUCCGACAUCGCCUGACCCCGAAGCCAUUGAGGACAAGACGUCAACGGUCGCCACCGUCAAUGGUGGACGUGGGAGGAAGAGUAGAAGGAGAAAGUCCAAAGCUAGGGCUGAUGAUGAAAGCGAUGCUGCGAAGGGAGAUGCGGAUGAUGAGUGA